UCAAACAUUAUGAUGAGAAUGAUAUUUCCAACCCCUCAUAUUGAUAUCCUCCCACUCCCACCCAGAAAUCAGCUCACCAUUACUUCCAAUUUCAGUAAAGAAAUUGAUAAGUCAAACAAAAAGAAGAUGGAAAAUCACAAGGGAAUCGAAAAAGAAGAAAAGGAAAGAAAACCACCAAGAGUUUUGUGUCUACAUGGGUUUAGAACAAGUGGUGAAAUCUUAAAGAAACAAGUACUCACUAAAUGGCCAGAAUCAGUAGUUAAGAAACUGGAUCUUGUUUUUGUUGAUGCUCCUUUUCCAUGUACAGGAAAAUCUGAUGUUGAAGGGUUUUUUGACCCUCCUUACUACGAAUGGUAUCAAUUUGAAAAAGAAACAACAGAGUAUAGGAAUUUUGAUGAAUGUCUUGAAUAUGUUGAAGAAAUAAUGAUGAAGCAAGGUCCUUUUGAUGGCUUACUUGGUUUCUCUCAAGGUGGAAUUUUAUCUGCAGGUUUGCCAGGUUUGCAAUCUAAGGGAUUAGCAUUGGCGAAGGUUCCGAAGAUAAAGUUUGUGAUAAUAAUAGGAGGGGCAAUGUUCCAAUCACCGGCUAUAGCUGACAAAGCUUAUGGUCCUUCUCCAGUUCAGUGUCCAUCUCUUCAUUUCUUAGGCGAGAAGGACUUUAUGAGGCGGUAUGGGGAGAAAUUGUUGGAAUUGUUUGUGGAUCCUGUUGUCAUACAUCACCCUGAUGGCCAUAUAAUACCAAGUCUUGGUGAGAAGGGUCUGAAGAUGAUGCUUGAGUUCCUUGAGAAGAUUCAUCAGUAGACAAACGAUACACAUCUUCUGUCCAUGAGCAAGAAAUAGGGGAAGAAGAAGCAGUUUACAUGUAGUGGACGGAUCUGGUUAGUAAAUGGUUUAAUUUGAAUCAUUGCAAGUUCAUAGUCUUAGAACAAGUAGCUUUGGGUUUGAAGGGCUUCAUCAAUAUCUUGAAAAGCACAACAGAUUAAAGCCAUUUGAAAGCCUUUUCAGCUCCUCUGAGAUGGAGAAUGUCACUUGCAUUUGGAGCUCUAAUUUCCAUUUUCAUAUUCGCAGUACUAUUAGUAUUAUCCACCCAUUUGAGUUUCAACGGCCAGUUGGUCUACACAGGCCCAAAAAAUUUGGCGACCCAGCUUUAAGCAUUGAUGAGGAAGGAUUUGGAUUUCAGGAUAAUUAAAAAAUAACAUAUUUAUUACCAAGCAAAAAUAAAUAAAAAUAUCACCACACAUGUUCUUAUCUUCAA